AUACCGCCACCACCAAAACAACUGAACUGUUUGUGUGCACUCCAGCAAUCUCACUGGAUGACUGCAAGAGUCGGGAGUAGUCACGUAUACAUAGAGGCCUACAUUAUAACCCAAACCCAUCGUUGUGCAAGCCUGUGAUGAUGGCGAGAUGGAGGUAUUUUGGUAAAUUCUUGUGGAUAGCGUUAACCUUUUCAUCUGUUGCAUUUAACUGUUUUCUCCUCUUCAGGAACUUCCUUGGUCCGAUGAACUUGGAUGUAAAUCAAGAGCACAUGUUAGCGGAUGAUGUGAGAAGUAUUAAGAGGUUAGACCAAAGUCAUCAAAAAGUACUCGUUGAAGUAGAUCAAGAAAACCAGGACGAAAUAUUAAAGUCCGCUCCAGAAGUGAAAGUCCAGGACCUACGCAAGAAGACUCUUCUCCAGGCAUGUACUGAUCUAGAGUUUGAAGAACAUCCAUCUAGAGAACAUAACCUAACCUCAGCAGAACUCACCAGUCUCAAGAACACCUUUGUCAUUGACAAACAUAAACUUCUCUUCUGCUAUAUACCAAAGGUAAGCUGUACCAGCUGGAAACAUCUAUUUCUUGUUUCCUACCAAAUUAUCAAUCCCGAAGUAAAACAUAAAAGUGUGCAUACUGAGUUUGAAAGAGUCUUCAUGAAGGUCGGAAGGUUGGCGGAAAAGGAUGCUAAUCGGAAAAUCAAAGACUAUAAACAGUUCUUGUUUGUUCGUAACCCGUUCUCGCGUGUCCUGUCGGCUUACCGUGAAAAAAUCGAAUUCAAGAACCCAAGUAGCCCGGACCAGAACUACUACCCAAACUUCAUCACCCGGUGGCUUAAGAAACACCAUCUUGGACACUUCCAAAGGAGAAAUAACACCGCCGCUUACUCGUUUCCAGAAUUUGUCAGGUACUUCAUUGCAAGGCGAAUAGAAGACGAACACUGGAAUGACCAGUAUAACUUAUGUCAGCCAUGUCUGGUCGAGUAUGACUUCAUUGGAAAGUAUGAGACCUUGCAAGAUGAUGUGGAACGUUUCCUGGGGACAGUACCCAAUGGAUCGUCCAUGGUGUUUCCUAAAGCAGACCCUCAGAAGUACACUUGGCAUAGCUCGAGUGAUGAGAACAUGUCCAGGUAUUAUCAGAAGAUCCGUGAUAAUGAUUUUAAGUCACUGGUCGAGUGUUUAUAUCCAGAUCUUCGAUUAUUCGGGUACUCCAUUCCUACAGUUAUCCAAAGGCCAUGGCUGAAGUUAUCAAGCAAAUACACUAAGCUUGUUGAUGUUGGCUGAUAUAAGAGUUCUCUUCCUGGUGUUCGGGCAAGGCAGUUAUAAUCUAAGGUGCUAUCACACCAUCAGGUAUUAAAUUACUCCUUAGAGUUGAACGUCAUGCAGGCUUUCGAGAUCCAAGACAUUUCAUUGGGUGAUUUGUGUUAAAAGUUGAUCACUGUAAACAUUGAACACAUGCAGUCAUCAUGUUUCGUCUUUCCUUCUUCUUUCUAAGUUACGGGUUUGUUCUAUACUUAGAUUAUAAUAAAAAACAAAUUUGAGGUUAUUAUAACGACAAGUUUAUUAUAAAACCGAAAAAAAACUUAUGAGAUAGAAACAGUAAGAUUUCUACCAUACACUUGCUAUUUGAUGUUGCAAUAUUAUUUUUUGGUGAUUGCAAAGUGCCUUUAGAUUAAUAUCAAGCAUUACUUUAUGAAACUGAUAUGGAACCAUGAAUAAGGUGUGGGUCUGUGGGAUAUACUCUGGCACUGGCGUAAAUCCCGGGGGGGAUGGAGGGGAUAUAUCCCCCCACUUUUCGAGGAGGGGGGGAUGGCCUGUACAAACAUCCCCCCCCCCCCACUUUUUACGAAAGAAAUUGAAAAAAAAUCACAAGAGAUAAUUGUUUUAUUGGUGAAUAUUCUUCCUAAAAUACCGCUUAACAAAUAAAACAAUAUUAUUGAAUCAUAAAAUGUAAAUAAAGAGCCAGUUCACCAUUUUCAAACGAAAUACUUAUGUCCUUAUUAUAACAUUGAAGAGAAACCCCUGUUUCUUCCAAUUCAUAAAUGUUGGGGUCUUUGCGAAGGGAUUAAGAUGGAAUGUCAAUUUUUUUUUAAUGUAAUCUCUAAUAAAACCAUUAAACCAUCAUGGGGUAAAAAAGAUAAUAAUAUUGGAGGGGUAUUUGCCAUAUGGACAUACAGUGGCGUAACUACGGGGGGCAUGGGGGGCACAUCCCCCCCAUCGGCUGACCAACAAAAAAAAACGGGGAAAGGGGAAAAAGGAGAAAAGAGGGAGAAAGGAAGAGAAACGUAGUAGGAAAGAAGAAAAUAUUAAUCAAUGUUAUAUUAUAUUAUAUUAUAAUUAUGUUAUGUUACAUUACAUGAGAAACAUUUUUAUCAUAACUUUAUGAAACAUAAUUUGCCCAGGGCCUACGUCUUUAUUGUCCCUGGUGCUCGCAUUGUCUGUUUAACGUGAUAUAUAAUCCUGUUGUACUAAAACAUCCCGUUUUCAAGUCAAUAUAAACCAAAUAUAUUUCCUAGCACUUAAGUUAUCAUUGUUUUAUGUAUUGACAUAUGCUUCUUUUUCAUGACUCAAAAAGUGGUUGCCCCAUGUUAAGGUCUUCGUAUAUAUGAAACAUUUCCUGUCCGUGAUUACGUUCGCAUUAGUGGAUUAGUGAGAUAUGUCUGCUUUUCAUGAAUUCCUAAAAUCAGUCCUAAAGAUGUCCCUUCUUCUGAUCUGAAUAUCAAAAAUGUUCAGCUCGCGCUUCGCGCUCACAUCAUUUAGUUAAUGAAAUACGUAUGGUCCUAGUUAAUUCCUACAAAAAAAACCUUAUAAUGCCCCACUUCAGGUCUGAAUUAUCUAAAUUUUCAGCUCGCGCUUCGCGCUCGCAAUGUUUAGCGAGACAGGUACCUAUCAUGAUUACACAAAUUUGAUUAUAAUGUCCCUUUUUAGGUGUGAAUAUAAAAAAAUUUCAGCUCGCGCUUCGCGCUCACAUUAUUUGAUCAGUGAGAUACAUAUCAGUUUAAUGACAUUGUCCUUGAAAUGUCUCUAUGAGGUCAGUAUAACUGGCAACUGAGCGCGCUCACUAGCGCACUCACUCAGUGAUUCAAAAUUUUUGCUGGUGCCCCCCCCCCCCCAAUGCCGUGACCCACGGUACGCCACUGUGGACAUAUCAAUGGCAAUUCCUUGCAUAUCUAAAAACAUGAUUGCAAAAAAAUGCAAAAAUAUUUCAGUCAUCCCCCCCACCCUUCAACACGGAUUUACGCCAGUGUACUCUGGGGAUACGGACGAAAUCGAAACGGAAUUUGUUGACAAAGAUAUAUGUAGCUGAAUAAUGUUCAAACCCGUGCAAUUUAUUAUUAUGAUUAUAAUAUGUAUAUUCUUAUUAUUAUUUGUUAAUUUUAUUUCAUUCAUUUAUUUAUAAACAUUAAUUUCUACUUUUUUAUUUAUUUAUUUUUUAAAAAUGUAUUUGUUUAUUUUAUUUCUUUUUUUGAGGGGGCACUUUAUCAAAAUUUGAUUCCCAUUGACAAAAAAGUUGUCAUUCGAUUAUUAUCAUUAAAGCUAUCAUUAAAUAAUAUUUGGCACUAGCGUACCUAAGGGGGGCAGGGGGCAGACUGCUCCCCACCCCCUGACGAAUCACAAGUAAAAAAAAAGGAAGCAAAAAGGGGAAUUAAAAAAGAAAAGAGGAAAAAGGAAAGAGAAAAAAGUGGGGAAGGUGAAAAAGAAGAAAGAGUUUAAGAGAAAGGGGAAAACAAAAACUGGACUGCAGACUGUCGGAAAAAAUGAUAAACUGUCGGGCACACGGGCUGUUCCAACUGAAUCGGGGUUUUUAGUUCCACCAUCGUUGUCGGUAAAUGUCAAUUAAACUGUACACUUUCAUCGGUAAAUUGUGAUUUUUACGCAAUGCGACUUUUAGAGCUCUCUGUAGUCUGUACCGAUAGUGAGGACGGACUGGGCUGACCAGGGACAGGAAAAAGGUAGAGAACAACUUUUGGGUAUAAUUAUAACAAUAAAAUUUUCGCUCGCGCUACGCGCUUUCAUCAAAUUUUUAGUUGGAUACCUAAGAUAAAUUUUCAGCUCGCACUUCGCGCUCGCCUCAAUUGAUUAGUUAGAAACCAAUUUGUUCACGGUUACAAAAAGUGCUUAUCCAGUUCUUAGGCCGGAAUAUCAAAAAUUUCAGCUCGCGCUUCGUAUAAUUGUAUUAGGUAUAUCCAUCAUGUUAAUAGUUAAAUGAAGUGCUUAGAAUGUCAGGUUUUCAGGACGGAAUAUAAAAAAAGAAAAAUAUCAAAAAUAUAUCAUUAGAAACCAAUUUGCUCAUGGUCACAAAAAUUGCUUAGAGUAUCAAGUUCUUAGGUCGGAAUAUCAAAAAUUUCAGCUUGAGCUUCGCACUCGCAUAAAAUUCCAUCCUGUUCAUAAUUAAAUGAAGUGCUUAGAAUGUAAAGUUUUCAGGUCGAAAUAUCAAAAAUAUUCAGCUCGCGCUUCGCGCUCACACCAAUUGAUUGUUUUUAACUACCAUAUUGUUCAUAGUUUAAAAAAAAAGGUGCUUAGAAUGUCCACUUUUCAGGGGGAAUAUCUCAAAUUUUCAGCUCGCUCUUCGCGCUCGCAUCAAUUAAUUCAGUUAGAAACCAAUUUGUUCAUGGUUACUAAAAGUGUUUAGAAUAUCCAGUUCUUAAGUCGGAAUAUCAAAAGUUUUAGCUCGCGCUUCGCGCCCGCCCGACUGUUUAGAUACCCAUCCUGUAAAACUGCUUAGAAUGUCUAGUGUCCAGUUAGGAAUAUCAAACUUUUUUAGCUCGCGCUCGCAUAAUUUAUUAAGGAAGAUACCCCAUCCUAUUCAUAAUUAAGUGCACAAAAUGUAUCGUUUUAGGUCUAAAUUUUUAGAAAAAAAUCAGCUCGCGUUCACGCUCACAAUUAUUAUUUUUCUUAUCAGUGUAAAUUGACCUAAAACUGUGAAGUUGAUAUUUGGGCAAUGAUUAUCAGCCCCCCUUGAAAAAAUUGUGCCUAUAUGUACCCCCCACCUUGCUCAUCCUUGUCGCUUGCCCCCCCCCCCCCCGGACAAAAUAUGCCAGGUACGCCACUGAUAUUUGGUAUUGAAUGAUAUUAUUCGUAUGGUAUAUAUUUCAAAAUACAAAGAAAAAUUUGGAAACAUCAAAUGUCUUGACAAAAUAUAGCCCAUAAAAGCCGAUGUUCCUUAUUUCCAGUGGAGUCAUUCAACGUCAGGAGUUGUUUCCCCUUAUAAUAGUAAUAACAAUAGUAAUGAUGUGGAAGAGGUUCAUUGUGGUGAAGGAUUGAGU